GUGUGUGUGUGUGUGUGUGUGUGUGUGUGUGUGUGUGUGUGUGUGUGUGUGUGUGUGUAAAGGGGUGGGGGCUUGGUGGAAGUUUUAUAAAGGCUCACAAGCUUCUCACAGACUGCAAAAGAAAGAAGAAGCGAUAAAGAUACAGAUUUUUACUUGUCCAGCAUCACAGAGAGGUGACAACCAUGCGAUCAGUUCUUAGGUGUGUGACUCUGUGCGUCAUCCUGGCCAUCGCAUUGUGCUUUGACUCUGAGGAAAGUAAUGAGUCAAAUGAAGACCUGAUUCUGAACCAUCACGGAGCAAACAGUUUCUUCAACACUCGUAGUCGCAAUUACCAAUGGAGGGUCAAGUCUCCAGCUGAACGUCGCUCUGAGAUUUGUGAGGAUUACCAUCUUUGUCGUGCCUUGGCUCGUCGCUAUGGCCCCAAUUUGGCCUAUCAGAAGUACUUCGGUGAUCAACAAGGCAACAACAAUGGCGUCCGUUACUGAACCAGCCCACUGUGGGUUCACUGCCCCACACGCUGAAUUUUAACAUGACAUUAUAUUAGUGUAAUCAAAAUCAAUGCUAUAUUCAUGUUUAAAUUUUUACAUAUAUCUUUUAUUUCUCUUUCUGAAGCCUGACUUGGGUUCAACCAGACUAUGAUGCUUAAAAAAAAGAGCGAAGAUGAUAAUAUAAAACAGUAGAAUCUUGAUGAUGUAAGAUUUACUAAUCAUGAUCAUUGGAAUCAGGCCACAAGUGAAAAUCUAUUUGUUGUUAAUUUGACACACGCUCCAGGUUUAGUAGAGCAACCAGAUACUAAAGAGAAGACGGGAAAUCAUAAUGCUUCUGUGUGUUUUACUUUAUUAUGCUUUCAAUUUGCUAAUUAAUGUUCAGAAUUAAAUAAACUCGUGUAAAAAGUAUAUCUAAAAAGACACAUUAUUUUAAUGUGGAUCAGUAAAUGAAGGCCUGUCUCUAUUUAUCAUUAUUAGAAACAUGGGGCGGGGGAUCGCUGUCGCCUCACAGCAAGCAGGCCCCGGGUUCAAACCCUUCUAUGUGGAGUUUGUAUGUUCUCUCCUCAUGCCUGUGUGGGUUUCCUGAGGGGGCUCGGGUUUACUCCCACAGUCCAAAGACAUGUUGGUUAUCUUGUGACUCCAGAUUACCCAGGGGUGUGGAUGGCUGGCUGUGUGUGUGCGUGCGUGUGUGUGUGUGUGUGUGUGUGUGUGUGUGUGUGUGUUAGCCCUACGAUACACUGGUGACCUGUCCAGGAUGAGCCCUGCCUCUCGCCUGAUGUCCGCUGGGAUUGGCUCCAGCUUCACCUGCGACUCGUAGCUAUAGAAAGUAGAUGGAUGACAGAAAUAUGUCCUAGAGAACGUUACUGAGAAAUCUAGUCCACUGAUUUAUUAACUCCAUUAAAUUAAAUCCUGGCCGUGUUUUCUUUAAAUGAGAGCACAAAUUAAACAAAAUGUCACCAUUUUUUACUUCAUAUCAGAACUGACAGUAGCAAAUUUACAUAAAGACAGACCUGUGGAAGCAUUCUGAUGUCGUGUCCUUGAUUUAGCCUCAAUCUCCACCCAGAAAAUACACUGCUCCUGAUCAGGAGGUUAUUGGAGCUCAGUGUUUCAACAACAGUAAAAUUUUACUGAAUCAUAAGAAAUGACGUGUGAUUUGACUUUAUCAAAUCAAACCCAAGUCAGUUAACCAUUAAAUGUAUUUAAUUCAAGUGAACUGGAUGAGAUUAUUUCAAUUCAAUUGAAUCAGAUUUAACCAAACUGAAUCAGAUUCAAAACCAGUUAAAUUCGGCUGAAUCAGUUUCAGUCAGAUCCGAUUCGAGUUACUGUCUGUGUCUAAUCACGUAUUUUACUCAGAUAUCUUUCUUCUUAGUUUGCAUUAUAUUCACAGUCUUUCUAUUUACACACACACACACACACACACACACACACACACACACACACACGUUAUCCUCACACGUUACCUCAUACUUUUUACUUUCACAAAACUGUUAUUUUUAAACCAAAUAAACAAAAUGUUCAUCACAAAA